AUGAGGAGAGAUGCCAUUAGUCAUCUUGGUGGUGCUCUGGAGACGGUGAAGAAGCCAGUUGGGCAACAUCUGGUCGUCUCCCAAUCUCCUAUCUUUUACUUUGUUACACCCAAUGUCAAGCUUCCCUACACUGGUACACCCAGUGUCAAGCUUCCCUACACCGGUACACCCAAUGUCAAGCUUCCCUACACCGGUACACCCAAUGUCAAGUUUCCCUACACCGGUACACCCAAUGUCAAGCUUCCCUACACCGGUACACCCAAUGUCAAGCUUCCCUACACCGGUACACCCAAUGUCAAGCUUCCCUACACCGGUACACCCAAUGUCAAGCUUCCCUACACCAGUAUACCCAAUGUCAAGCUUCCCUACACCAGUAUACCCAAUGUCAAGCUUCCCUACACCGGUACACCCAAUGUCAAACUUCCCUACACCAGUAUACCCAAUGUCAAGCUUCCCUACACCGGUACACCCAAUGUCAAGCUUCCCUACACCGGUACACCCAAUGUCAAGCUUCCCUACACCGGUACACCCAAUGUCAAGCUUCCCUACACCGGUACACCCAAUGUCAAGCUUCCCUACACCUGUACACCCAAUGUCAAGCUUCCCUACACCGGUACACCCAAUGUCAAGCUUCCCUACACCAGUAUACCCAAUGUCAAGCUUCCCUACACCAGUAUACCCAAUGUCAAGCUUCCCUACACCGGUACACCCAAUGUCAAACUUCCCUACACCAGUAUACCCAAUGUCAAGCUUCCCUACACCGGUACACCCAAUGUCAAGCUUCCCUACACCGGUACACCCAAUGUCAAGCUUCCCUACACCAGUACACCCAACAACUAG